CAUAUGCAGUACAAACGCAAAGGGAAAAUACGGAACCAGUCAUCCUCAGUGCAUAAUCCUUUCCUUUUCCCUCAACCAACAUUUUAGGGUUUAGGGUUUUGAAAACCCCCGUUCGAUCAUUCAUUCAUUAAAGAAUCAGCAUCGUUUCACAAUCUUCAUCGUCUUCAAUCAAUGGCGACCGAAAUAACAAUCGAAACAGAGAGAACGCAGAAAUUCUUCAACGACCUCGACGCGCGAAAGACCUUUCUAUCCUCCUGCACCCAACUAUUCACAACCUUGACCACUCACUUCAAAUCCCUUCAAACCUCCCUCUCCCAGAAAUCCCAAUCCCUAGAAUCCAAAUUCCAGUCUUUAGAAUCCAAUUCCCAGCUAACCCUCGAAUCCCUUAGUUGCAGAGAAAAAUCCAUACCGGAACGCGAGUCAGCUGCUGCUGCCAAAGUCGAGGAGCAAAGAGAGACCGCAUUAUCGGAGUUCCGAAAUUCCCACUCUUUCGAUAAUUUGUCGGAUUCGUUGAAGUCUUUAUGUAGGAGAAUGGAUUCAUCUGGGCUGUUAAGAUUUGUAGUUUCGAAACGGAAGGAAUCAGUGUUUCUUAGAGCGGAGAUUUCACGUGCGAUAAUGGAAGCUGUGGAUCCUGCGAGGCUGACUUUGGAUGCAGUGGAUGAGUUAGUAAGAGAUAAAGUUGGGAAAGUUGGGGUUACAGAUAAGAGGUGGGCAUGUGGAAUACUGGUGCAGGCUCUUUUCCCGGAAGGUAGUUGUUUUGGAAGGAAGGAUAAAGGGCCGGAAUUUGCACGUAGUGUGGUGGAGAGGGCUGCUGGGAUUUUGGACAACUGGAAGGAGGAGGACGAGGUAGAGGAGAAGGCUGAUGGGGAGGGCGGCGGCGGCGGCGGCGGAGUCGUGGGACCUGCGGAGGCGGUAAUGUUUUUGCAAAUGGUGUUGGGAUUUGGGCUGAAGUCGAGGUUUGAUGAGGAGUUCUUGAGGAAGCUUGUGGCAGAGAAUGCAUCAAGGAGGGAUAUGGCGAAGCUUGCAGCUGCUAUUGGUUUUGGAGAGAAAAUGGGAGAUAUAAUUGAUGAAUUGGUGAAGAAUGGGAAAGAGAUAGAGGCUGUAUAUUUUGCUUCUGAAUCUGGUUUGACGAAAAGAUUUUCUCCUGUGUCUCUACUCAAGUCAUAUCUUAAGAAUUCCAAGAAGAUCACAACUACUGUCUUGAAGAAUGGCAAUUAUAGUGCAGCUGCAACGGAUGAGUCAAGUACCUUGGAGUUGAAUUCUAUUAAAGCAAUCAUCAAAUGUGUGGAAGAUCAUAAGCUUGAAUCAGAAUUUUCCCUUGACAGCUUGAGAAAACGGGCUUCUCUGCUUGAAAAAACCAAAGCAGAGAGGAAGAGGGGUACGUCAGCUGCCACUGCUACCAAGUCUCAAAACAAGCGAGGCCAUGGUUCAAGUGGUGGCCGUGACAGUGGACCUACUCCUUAUCGUCAAGCCAAAGCAGCCAAAUUUUCAAACAAUUAUUCCUCUUUCAGCCGCAGGAAUUCUGCCCCCCCUGCACAGCAUAGCCCGGCUAGAAGAUAUUCUGGGCCAUUCCACUACCCGAGCCAGAAUGUCUAUGAGGGCCCUGCAGCAGCCCCGUAUGCAUCAACUUAUGGUAUCUCCCACGCUCAAAGCCCUUCCGCAAUCUCUCAGCAACCCUACCAUCACUCUCAAAGCCCCAGUGCAAUUCCUCAACAACUCUACUCACAGCCAGCGGAGAACAUGAGUGCUGCCGGUUUCCGUGCCAGUGGUUCUUAUGGAAGCCAGACCAAUUAUGGGGCAUAUGAUUACGGCUCUGCUGCACCCGUUACUUACCAACCUUCACCCUACACUCAAUAAGAUGGGAGAAACCUAGCCAGAUGUUAAGAUUUUUAUUUUUAUUUGGUCUUUAUGAUUUCUGGAUGUGGCCCUCUAAUUUUGGGACCCGCCCCCUUCAUCUCCCUUUCCCGUAUAAAAGGUUUUUUUUUUUUGUCUUAUCUCAUGACUGGAUAUUAUGCCCAUGCCUGUAACGCAGAUUUCCUUUAUAUGGAGCUCAAGCUGGAUGUGACUUCAAAUGGUUUA